AUGGAUGAACGCAUGAUGCACCCCACCCCGUCGUGGCUGGCGUGGUACCAGCGCAACAUAGCCCGCGCACGCGCGCCCAGCCGCGUCUCCGUCUACACCAGCGUCUACAGAGGGGAAAAGCACUUGCCGUUUGUGAAGUUCGUGAUGAAUGACGACCCCCUGCCCACCCCCCCUUUCGAGUGGCUGAAGAGGCUCAACAUCGAUCAGGAGAGAUGGCGCGCACACGUCGCAUCUGAUCUCUCUAAGGACUCAAUGGAGUACCACCAGCGCUUCCACAACUACCCGCCCGUGUCGCUAAUACUGCCGGACUCGGCGGGAGGAGAGGGCGACGCGGGGCCGGUUGGGCGGCAACCCCCCGACGGCUAUAACGCUCCGGCGUGGGGCGGCUGGGCGGCCUGCGCCGUGCUCGUGGUGCUGCUCGUGCUGAUCGUGCGCGUCACCGAGAAGUGCUUCGACAGGAGACUCUUCGGCUAUACAAGACGAGACUCACUAGAGUGGGACACACCCAAUGUCACAGCCACAAGCCUGCAACAACAGAGUCUAGACGUGUCGAAUUUGCCUCAUUUGGAUGAUUCAGAGUUCUUGACCCCGAACAACCACAAUCCAGAUCUCCCCCCACCGUACACCGAAUGCGCUCCUAAUAAAGAAACCAAAGCCCAGAAGCUGCUCCACAAGCUGGACACGGAGGAGACGCCUCCUCCUUACUCAGCCUGUGUUGUGGCAUUCUCCAAUAAAGAUUUGCCUACCGUACAUAUACACAGAGAGCAUACAAAUGAAGACCCACAAACUAGUUCUGAAAUCGAUAACGUUCAAAAUGGCCUCAUAGAAGACAGACAGAGGAUGGAGGUUGAAGCAAAUGAUUACGACGAAGCGAUGAGAUUAAAGCUAGUAUUCGACAACGGGCGUAUAGUUGAGAGGUCAAUAGACGUGGAGAGUGCUGAGAGUGUCCCGGACGUAGUUGCCCGAGUUGGAGAAACGGUCAUCGGUAAAGCUCUCGACGACAACGUACCAUGCGUCGAUGAUAAUGCUACGAGUAGUCAAGAUAAAGUUAUAUUUGUGUGA